AUGGAUUUACCUGAUGGAUUUAUUCCCAUUGUUGCUGUCUUCUAUGCAGUUUUCCAUCCUACUGAAGGCACAAAGAUCGUACAUCAAGUUCCAGAUAAUUCAAUAGUCACAUCAGCCAAUCUUCACCGAACAAAGACUAAUACAUCCCGUCUAUCAAUGGCCUCUUCGACCUCAUCUGAUUCAAAAGACCGACAUAAUCAUAAUCGAUACUUCAACGAAAGUACUGGGGAAGAGGUGGAAGGAUUAUUUAAUUUUGAUACUGUUAAAAAUUAUGUGAUACCCAAACCUCAUUUGUGCAAUAGAUUAAUUUCAUUCAAGAUUAAUAGAUAUAAGGUCAUAGGCUAUCCUGUCAAUAUGGAAAAUGAGCGAUAUUCUAGAAAUUCAUUUAGUUUUAAUUUUUGCUUUGUAUUUCCUUAUGAUAUGGGUGAUGUUUCACCAUAUGAACCCGCAAUUAAGCGAAUGGGUCAAAUGUUUCAAGUUCUAGAAGAGCAGAACUUUAUAUUAAGUAAAUUAGAUAAAGAUAAUUCAUUUUUCAAAAAGGGAAGCACAGGGAUGGCGAUAAAGGAUAGUAUAGUAUCUUCCGGUAACAGUAUAAACUUUGGAAUUGAUUUAGAAGCCUAUACCUCCAACGUGGUCUCAGUUCAAUCGAGCAAUGAUGCAGCAGUCAAUGCCCCAGGUCAUGCCAAGACUAAGCAGAUUACACUUUCCUCAAUUGAAUCAUUAAUAAAUCAGCUAUAUCAAGAUUUGAAUAAUUAUUCGGAAUGCUGUAUUCCACUAGAUACCGCAAACUCAGUGGACAUCAAGUUAUUCCCAAUCCUUCCACCUCCAAUAAAUAUCAAGGCAUACCAAGUUCCCAUCGCCACUGUGAAAUUGAAUUCCUUAGUGGAUGUGAAUUGGGACCCUACCAUGAUCAAGAUUUUACCUUAUAUCGAUGGAUUAAACUCAGUUAAGAGAAUUAGUGAAUUGGCGGACGCUAACUAUUUAUUAACCAAACAAUGUAUUCAACAUCUAAUGCACUACAAAUGUAUCGAAAUUGUAGAUAUAUUCCAAUUCAAUAAUAUUUAUGCCCCAACUAACCAUAUUGGAGAAUUUUUGAAAUUUAAUGGGAAGAUGGCAGAAGAUUGUCAAGCUUAUGUGGUAACUGCUGAAUCAAAUUUAGAACAGCAAUCCUACUUUCCUGUCCCAUCCUCGUUUAAUUCGUCUCCAUCUCAUACAGGUAUGAGUACUUCCCCUUAUUCCAUCCGACAUUUUGAUCAAAGUUCAAGCUCAUACAAGAAACUGAACUCGUUGUCUAAAUCGCCUAGAUCAGUGGGAAACUCACCCAGUUCAGGGACGAAUGUAACCGUCCCCACAAAGACAACAUUGUUUUAUUUAUAUCGAUCACUCAAUCAAGGUCAAUCAGUUAAGGAAUGGUAUAUACAGCAUCGGAAGUUAUUGAACAAUAUCGAUGUUAGAAGGUUUAUCAAUUUUGGUGUAUUGAGAGGUAUCAUUUAUCGGGUCUAUUCCUAUCCAUUGCUAAAUUCAAUAACUAGAUCAGUGGAAAGUGGUGAUUUAGAGCAAUAUGAUAACUUUGUGAAUCGAUAUCGAAAGAGUAGUAAAGCUUCCAAAACAGUUAAGAUGGAAGGAAAUGAGAAACUAUUGAAGACUAAAGUGAACGAGCUGGUACUAAAGACAGAUAAGAAACGAAAAGUAAGUUUCUCGACGGUUGCCGGAAAUAUAAGAGAAGAGCCCAAGAAAACAUUUACCCCAGACGAAGUUUUGUUGGAGAAUAGUAGUGAAGAUGAAGAUAUCGAUGAAGAAGAAGAGGAGGCACAUGAUAUUCCUCAGCCGUUUGUUGGUGAUCAUAUGGUACCACUAGCAAAACGAAGCUCUCGUCAAUCAUCGUCUUCAGCUACUAGGUACAAGUUUAGUGGGGUGUUAUCUCGUCUGGAUUCUGAAGUAAUCGAGUCGUCAGAUGAUGAAUGCGAAUUGGAUUCAGAAGAAAGGGAAGAGGAAGAAGACAUGUUAUUUUUGAUCAAAAUGUUAAAAGGGUAUCAGCAUUUUGAUUCUAUAAGUACUGAAUUACAAAAGUCAAGAUUUGAAGUUGAAAAGAUGAUUGAAAAGUUGGGGUCAUAUAAUAUUGUCAAUAGUUAG